UAUAUUAGCAGGAAAUGCUGUGGACUAAACUUUAAUUUUUUAGGAAACUGAAAGCAGAGUACAAAAAUCAUGGCAGCUGGUAAACCAUUACAUGAUCUAGCUGAGGAUUUAUUGUGUUCAAUUUGUCUGGAUUUGUUUAAAGAAGCUGUAAUGCUGGAAUGUGGACAUAGUUUUUGUAAAUCCUGCGUAAAUAAAGCCUGGGACACUGAGAAAAAUCCCUCCUGUCCUGAAUGCAGAGAGGUAUUCCCAUCUAAAAAGUACACAGUGAACAGGCAGUUAUGCAAAGUUGUAGAGAGCAGUCAGAGGUCAUGUCAGUAUGAGAAAGAAGAAAUACCAAACCAGGAUCAAAAAAGUCACUACCUGCUUGAGUCGCAUGAGUGCACAGAACACAAAGAGGCAUUGAAAGUGUUUUAUGUUGUGGUUAUGGGAUCCUCCACCAUGGAACAGUAUAUGCCUGAUAUCAGUGCUGCAUCAGACAUUGAUGGUGAUGGUGGUCUUACUAGUACAAAAAGCAUGGCAGCUGGUAAACCGUUAUAUGAUCUAGCUGAGGAUUUAUUGUGUUCAAUUUGUCUGGAUUUGUUUAAAGAAGCUGUAAUGCUGGAAUGUGGACAUAGUUUUUGUAAAUCCUGCGUAGAUAAAGCCUGGGACACUGAGAAAAAUCCCUCCUGUCCUGAAUGCAGACAGGAAUUCCCAUCUAAAAAGUACACAGUGAACAGGCAGUUAUGCAAAGUUGUAGAGAGCAGUCAGAGGUCAUGUCAGUAUGAGAAAGAAGAAAUACCAAACCAGGAUCAAAAGAGUCACUACCUGCUUGGGUCGCACGAGUGCACAGAGCACAAAGAGGCAUUAAAAGUGUUCUGUCAAGACGAUGGAUGUCCUGUAUGCGUCAUCUGUAUGAUAUCGUCUACACAUAAAGGGCACACAUUCAUACCCAUACUGGAAGCAGCCAGCAUGUUUCAGGAUGAAGCCCAGAGCUUGGAACAGCAUAUUACAUCAGAAUUUGCCAAGCUACGACAGUUUCUCCAGGACAAGGAACAACAGCUGAUCCAACAACUCAAGGAGGAAGCCGCAGGAAUUCUGGAAAAGAUGACAGAUAACUUGGAGAAAAUUGAAGAAAUGAAUAAGGCUAUUCAGAAGCAUAAAUCCAACAUUGAAUCCACAUUGCAGCAGGAAGACUCUGUACUUCUUCUCAAAAUGCACAAUAACAUAAAACUUUUGGUCUCUUCCUCACAGGGCAUCACAGAUGAAAUAAAAAGCGUCAUGAAAAGACUAGAAGAGGAAGAGGAGGUGGAAGAGGAAGUAGAUGAAGAGGAAGUGGAAGAAGAAGAAGAAGAAAUAAAAAGCAUCAUGAAAAGACUAGAAGAGGAAGAGGAGGUGGAAGAGGAAGUAGAUGAAGAGGAAGUGGAAGAAGAAGAAAUAGAAGAAGAAAUAAAAAGCAUCAUGAAAAGACUAGAAGAGGAAGAGGAGGUGGAAGAGGAAGUAGAUGAAGAGGAAGUGGAAGAAGAAGAAAUAGAAGAAGAAAUAAAAAGCAUCAUGAAAAGACUAGAAGAGGAAGAGGAGGUGGAAGAGGAAGUAGAUGAAGAGGAAGUGGAAGAAGAAGAAGAAGAAGAAGAAAUACAAAGCGUCAUGAAAAGACUAGAAGAGGAAGAGGAGGUGGAAGAGGAAGUGGAAAAAGAACAAGAAGAAGAAAUGGAACAGGAAAACAACCAAGAAAUGGAAAAGGUGGAAGAAAAACCAAAGAAAGAGAGAAAAGGUGUAUUUAAUGCUGAACUGGUUUCUGACAGCCUAAGUCUUGGGGUAUACAGUGGCCCCCUGCAGUACAGCAUUUGGAAAGAAAUGUUGUCUGUCAUUAACCCAGGCCUGUGUCAUCUGACCUUGGACCCUAACACAGCACAUCGUAGGCUCACUCUGUCUGAGGACCUUACCAGUGUGAGUGGCAAUGGUGUUAAACUACAGCUCUCUUACAACCCUAAAAGAUAUGAUUCAUAUGCCAGUGUGCUGGCAUCACAGGGCUUCACAUCAGGAAGGCAUUACUGGGAAGUGGAGGUGGGGUGCAAGACUCAAUGGGAGUUAGGUGUUACCAAAGAGUCCAGCAACAGGAAGGGGAAAGUUGAAAUUAAACCAGAGGAUGGAUACUGGAUACUACAUCUGUUUGACAAGAUGUACUGGUCUAUGGCUUUGUCAGUCCCACUUCCGGGACGAAUUGUGAAACCACAAAAGGUUGGAGUGUAUCUGGACUAUGAGAGAGGUCAGGUGUCAUUUUACAAUGCAGAUAACAUGUCCCACAUCUACACCUUUACUGAUACUUUCACAGAGAGACUUUACCCAUAUUUUUGGGUUGGUUCUUCACAUCUACUAAGCCCGUUUCAAAAACUGUAACAAUGAUUUGCAUACACCAAUGUUUAUUACCAAAGAAAUUGUUGAUAUAUCCAAAUGUCUAUAAAAUACAUUUUAGUCACUGUAUAACAAAGUAAAAACAUACCUAUUUCAGAGCUGCUAUAAUAGUGACAUGUACACAGUAUAAGUAUAUUUAGAAGUGAGAUAUUACUGCAUAAUUAAACAGCUGCAUGAGUUUAAUUCUAUGUACUGCACUUCUAAUACACAAAUAUUUACUCCAGGGGGAGAUGGUGUUGAAGCAACAUUUUUACACGACAACUAAUAGAAAAUUGCAUUACCUCUGAGCAUUAUAUACAUCACUGCAUAUGGAAAUUAUUGCUGCCAAAAGUCAUAUGGUGUUUUCUUAAGUUGUACAUACGCAUUGCCUGCUUGUGGAACCAUUUAUAAAUCAAUUGCCAGGGCAUAUGCAGUCACAAAUUUCUACUCAGUAAUCCUUGGCAGUUUUGGAAAGUUGAAACUGUAGUACUUCACCUAGAUAUCAGUUAGUGUUUGCCCUGAAUUUUCUCCCAACAUUCUAGACUUUUAAAUUUGAUGAAAAGGUAUAAAUCCCCUGCUUAAUGAACUGUUUAGUAAAUGUUAUUAUUGCUGCAAAAUAUUAUACUUGCUUAUUCAACUUAAGAAGAAUGUCUGACAACUUCUCUUAAUGACAUUUUGAUUAUCUGGAGCUUUUUACUUGUAUCAUGCAAGCAAACUGCCAAAUAAAAACAAAGGAUUACA